GCCUUAUUUUUUAUUCGUUUAAUGUGAAACAGAAACAGUGUGACAGCGAGUCAAUGUGGUUCAUAACUAAUGUAACAAAACAAGGAAUAAGAAAUGCAUUCUCUCUCCUGACCACCAGGGGGCGGCGACUCUGGUUGUAUAGAAGUCUCUGCUUCAUGUGUAAAGCUGCAUUCUCUCUCCUGACCACCAGGGGGCUCCUCUGGUUGUAUAGAAGUCUCUGCUUCAUGUGUUAACGCUGCAUUCUCUCUCGUGACCACCAGGGGGCGACUCCUCUGGUUGUAUAGAAGUCUAUGCUUUGUGUUAAAGCUGCAUUCUCUCUCCUGACCACCAGGGGGCUCCUCUGGUUGUAUAGAAGUCUAUGCUUCACGUGUUAAAGCUGCAUUCUCUCUCCUGACCACCAGGGGGCUUCUCUGGUUGUGAUUGACAGGUCAACACUAGAGACGUAUACGGAGUCUCUCCGUCCUCCUCAGUCUAGAUCGGGUCACUUCCUGUUCACUGGUUGCAAAUGAAACCAAGAUGGCGGCUUCUUAACGUCCACAAAUGAAAGGGCGACGUUACUACGUCCACUUCUUCCAGUCUGUAACCUUCAGAAAAGCUUGUUAUUAAUGACCCUGGUGGCCGUUAAGUGAACUGCAGUCAGGAAUCAGUGUAAAUAUGACCGUUCUUAAUUUGGAGACAUUAGUUCAUGCAGAUUCUAAAUAAUAAUAAAUAUAUCCGUUGAUUAUUCGUCGUGGUCCAGGAGUCGUGCACCAGAGUCCAUCGGGUCUGCAGGAGUCUUCCUGAAUCCAGCCGAAUGAACAGAGCGACUGCCAAGCAUCUCAUUGAGCGCUACUUUCGGCAGUUAACCGACGGCUGUGGAAAUGGCGACUGCACGAAUGAGCUUUGCGCAUCGUGUCGUGACUUCCGACCUUUGGAUAACAAUGCCGCGGCGGCCAAGGCGCUCGAGCUCUUUAAGAUUAACGCCAAACUCUGUAACCCUCACCCCUCCAAGAAGGACCUUCUGGACGGUGCGAUGAGCGAGGCGGACCUCUGUCCCGCCAAGGAGGACUUCUCAGAUGUCAGUCACCUCACGGAGGACACGGUCACGACCAUCCUGAGCUUCUGCGAGGAGCGGGGCGACUACUCCGCGCUCAUCCGCAUCGUCGGCAGGAUCUUCUCCAACUCGGACGCCUUGAUAAAGAGCUUCAGGAAGGACGAACCCGCCGCCGCCGACAAACUGGACUCUUCGGAACCGGCGGGGGGCGAGCGGGAGAAAGAGGGCUCGGAGUCGAUGGCCGCUUCCUCCGCCGCGCUCGACGAGGGUCUCGAUGAAAUGAUGGACCCCUGCGAGGUGACGGUGGACAUCGCCGCCGUGAGGAGGGUCUACGACCGCCUUCUGAGCCUGGACCAGGUGGAGGCCGCUCUGGUGAACGCACUCAUUUACCUCACGCCCAACAUGGAGCUGGACCUGGAGUACCUGGACGUGUACGAGACGAACCCGGACUACCUGAACAUCUUCGUCAUCGUGCUGGAGAACAGUAACCUCCACAGCCCCGAGUACCUGGAAGUCGCUCUGCCGCAGUUCUGCAAAGCCAUGAGCAAGCUGCCGGUGGCGGCGCUGGCCCGGCUGUCCAAGCUGUGGUCCGGGUACGGCCUGGGCCACGUCCGCCGCAUGACGGAGACCUUCCAGCAGCUCAUCACCUUCACGGUCGUCAGCAACGAAUACGACGGCGAGACUCUGGUGAACGACGACCGGACCGUGGUGGCCGCCGCGCAGUGCCUGAAGGUCGCCUUCUACGCCAGCAUCCUGGGCGGCGACGUGGACGUGGAGCACAACGAGGAGGAGGAGGAGGACCCCGAGUCCGACGAGCUCACCCUGCACGAGCUGCUGGGCGAGGAGCGGCUCUACAAGAAAGGUCCGCCGGCCGAUCCGCUGGAGCUGGAGCUGGGGGUCCGCCCCGUGGACAGCAUCAGGCCCCUCAUCCCCUACGAGGACUUUGUGAACGAGUCGCUGAACGAGGUGGUGGAGAUGGACAAGGACUUCACCUUCUUCAAGGUCAACGCCGAAACCAAGUUCUCCUUCCAGAGCUGCCCCUUCAUCCUCAGCGUCAUCACCAAGAACCAAGGCCUGUACUACGACAACCGGAUCCGGAUGUACAGCGAGCGGCGCCUCACGGCCCUCUACAGCAUGGUGCAGGGCCAGCAGCCAAACCCCUACCUCAAGCUCAAGGUCCGCCGGGACCACAUCAUCGACGACGCCCUCGUCAGGCUGGAGAUGAUCUCCAUGGAGAACCCGUCCGACCUGAAGAAGCAGCUGUUCGUGGAGUUCGAGGGGGAGCAGGGCGUCGACGAGGGCGGAGUCUCAAAGGAGUUCUUUCAGUUGGUCCUGGAGGAGAUCUUCAACCCCGACAUCGGCAUGUUCAGCUACGACGACGACACCCAGCUGUUCUGGUUCAACUCGUCCUCCCUGGAGAACGAGGCCCAGUACACGCUGGUGGGACUGGUCCUGGGGCUCGCCAUCUACAACAACUGCAUCCUGGACGUCCACUUCCCCAUGGUGGUCUACAGGAAGCUCAUGGGCAAGAAGGGCAACUUCCUGGACCUGUCGCACUCGCACCCAAGUCUCUACCGGAGUCUGCAGAAGCUUCUGGAGCACGAGGGCAACGUGGAGGAGGACAUGAUGCUCACCUACCAGAUCUCCCACAAGGACCUGUUCGGGAACCCCAUCCUGCACGACCUCAAGGACCAGGGGGACCAGAUCCCCGUCACCGAGGGCAACCGGCAGGAGUUCGUGGUGACGUAUGCCGACUACAUGCUGAACAGCAGCGUGGAGACGCAGUUCAGGGCCUUCAAGAAGGGCUUCCUCAUGGUCACCAAGGAGUCGCCCCUCCAGUACCUGUUCCGCCCCGAGGAGGUGGAGCUGCUGAUCUGUGGGAGCCGGAAGCUCGACUUCGAGGCUCUGGAGAAGACGACAGAGUACGACGGCGGCUACAGCAAAGACAGUCAGACCAUCAGAGACUUCUGGGAGACGAUCCACUCGUUCGGGGAGGAGAAGAAGCGUUUGUUCCUCCAGUUCACCACCGGCACCGACCGGGCGCCGGUGGGCGGCCUCGGGAAGCUCAAGAUGAUCAUCGCCAAGAACGGCUCCGACACCGACAGGCUGCCCACCUCUCACACCUGCUUCAACGCGCUGCUGCUGCCUGAAUACUCCUGCAAGGACAAACUGAGGGAGCGGCUGCUGAAGGCCAUCACGUACGCCAAAGGCUUCGGGAUGCUGUGAGGAGACGAGGAGACGAGCCCCGAGGAAACAAAGGGAGGAAACGCUGCGCCACCAGACUCCACUUCCUGUCGCCCACGCGACCUUUGGUCUCCCAAAGAGCUUGAGUUAUUGUUUUUGUUGUGUUUCUGAAACUGUGAAAGUGCACUUACCCACAGGCGGAGGCCAUGCGGGGUAUUUAUUGACGUAGUUUGCGGUUCCUGGCGGAGUAGCAGUAUUCGGCCCUCUCCUCCCCGCGGGGGGGGUCGGGGGUCAUGGUGCUCAUGGUAGCAGACGGAGGUAAAGCCUUUUUUAAUUAUUACUGCGAACACAAACACUGACGAGCUCUUAUUAGAUCUGUUUCCUUGUUUUUGAAGUGUUUGUGUGCUGAGUACAUGAAUACUGUUAUAGUAUAUACUAUAGUACUAUAAUACUGUUAUAGUAUAUACUAUAGUACUAUAAUACUGUUAUAGUAUAUACUAUAGUACAUGAAUACUAUAAUACUAUAAUACUGUUAUAGUAUAAUACUGAAUUACAUGAAUACUGUGUGUUGAGGCUCGUCUGCUUUUUAAAGUGUUUCUGAGAGAGAACAUCUGUCAGUGCAAUUGCCAAAAAUGUGCAAUGCCUGUGUAUAUAUAUAUAUAUACAUAAAAAUGUGUAUAUAUCUACAUAUUUAUAUAUAUAUAUAAAUAAAUGUGUAUAUACAUAUAUUUUUAUAUAUAUAAAUAUGUAUUUAUAUACACAUUUAUAUAUAUAUAAAAAUGUGUAUAUACAUACAUAUAUAUUUAUAUAUAUAUAAAUAAAAGAGUCACAUGAAAUUUUUUAUUUGGCCAAAUAUCUCAGGUACAUAAAGAAUGUGCAGAUAAUGUGAAACUUAUGUAAAGCGACUAUUAUGCAAAGUAAAUAAAGGUGAACUAAACGAUUAA